CUGCUCCCGUCUAGCAUGUUUCUGCGCUUUUAUGUAAUGUGUGCCAUGGUCCGGACCGAGCUGUGUUGACAAUAGGCUGAGAAGAACCAGCCCUGAUCCCAGAACCAGAGCUGAUCCAGGCUGCAGGUCCGCCGGUUCCGGGGCUCCUCACCGUUACGCUGAGCCCCGCUAACGGGAGUUGAAGCUUUUCCCUUCGGAUGGGAAGCUGUCUGCGGGUUUGGCUGCUUUAGGCCGAGCUCUGCCGCUGGGAGAGGCUGCUUUCAUCGAGCUGGAGGCGGCCGCGCUAGCCUGACAGUUAACCCGCCAGAGGACGGGUCUCAGCCGCAGGGGGAUCAGGGGACUGAGGGGAUCAGGAAGAGGCUCCAGGUUCACGACUCGGAUCGGUGUGUGUCUCUGUCUGGGUGAACCGAGGCUAACGUUAGCCCUGUAUUUACAUCCGGGAUGAUGGGUGAUCGCCCCAGCCCACCCAGGGCCAUGUCCUCUGCACCCACCUCGUCUCCAUCUGUGGACAAAGUGGACGGAUUUUCCCGGAAGUCUGUGAGGAAGGCCAAGCAGAAGAGGUCCCAGAGUUCCUCCCAGUUUCGCUCUCAAGGGAAACCCAUCGAGCUCACGCCGCUGCCCCUGCUCAAAGACGUUCCAGCACCGGAGCAGCCGGAACUGUUCUUAAAGAAGCUACAACAGUGCUGCACCGUCUUCGACUUCAUGGACACGCUGUCCGACCUCAAGAUGAAAGAGUAUAAACGCUCCACCCUCAACGAGCUGGUGGACUACGUGACUGUCAGCCGUGGCUACCUGACAGAGCAGGCCUAUCCUGAGGUGGUCAAAAUGGUAAGAAAGAGCAGCCAUAAUCUGUUUCAGUUGGUUUAUGAAUUCUUCAUCCGGUUCUUGGAGAGUCAGGAGUUCCAGCCCAGCAUUGCCAAAAAGUACAUAGACCAGAAGUUUGUUCUACAGCUGUUGGAGUUGUUUGACAGUGAGGAUCCUCGAGAAAGAGACUAUCUGAAGACGGUGUUGCAUAGAAUCUAUGGGAAAUUCCUUGGGCUGAGGGCUUUUAUACGAAAACAGAUCAACAAUAUUUUUUUACGUUUUGUUUAUGAGACGGAGCACUUCAACGGAGUGGCCGAGCUGCUGGAGAUCCUGGGGAGUAUAAUCAAUGGUUUUGCUCUGCCUCUGAAAGCAGAACAUAAGCAGUUCCUGGUUAAAGUCUUGAUCCCGCUUCAUACGGUCCGGAGUCUGUCCCUCUUCCAUGCUCAAGUAAGGCCACUUUCACUUCUGUCCCGAAGGAAAUGGAAGACCACAGGGACAGUUAUGGUCAUGGACAACCCACAGACCGCCUCCAACCCACAGACCACUCCCAACCCACAGACCACCCCCAAAGACCUGCUGCAGAUGGUCAUCAGGGGAUUACUGAAGUUUUGGCCAAAGACCUGCAGUCAGAAAGAGGUGAUGUUCCUUGGAGAGCUUGAGGAAAUUCUGGAUGUCAUAGAGCCCACGCAGUUCGUGAAGAUCCAGGAGCCGCUUUUCAAACAGAUCUCCAGAUGUGUUUCCAGUCCACACUUCCAGGUUGCAGAGCGAGCUUUGUACUACUGGAACAACGAAUACAUCAUGAGUCUGAUCGAGGAAAACUCCAGCGUCAUCCUGCCCAUCAUGUUUGCCAGUCUGUACAGGAUCUCCAAAGAACACUGGAACCCGGCCAUCGUAGCGCUGGUCUACAAUGUCCUGAAGGCCUUCAUGGAGAUGAACAGCACCUUAUUUGAUGAGCUCACCGCCACCUACAAGUCAGAGCGUCAGAGGGAGAAGAAGAAGGAGAAGGAGCGUGAGGAGCUGUGGAAGAAGCUGGAGGACCUGGAGUUGAAGCGGGGCCUUAGGAGCGACGGGAUCAUCCCCACCUAACGGACGCCACCGCCGCCGCCUCCUCUGCUCCUCAAUCCCUGCCCUGAGCUCCGGUCUCUGGACUCUCAGAACCUCGGGGUUCUUCAUCCGUUUAUUAUGAGUUCUGUUGUUUAGUUUCUCCUGUUUGUGCGACUUCCUUUACUGUAGAUCAUCACAUCUGUUUCCAUGGUUACUGUAAAUAAUUAUCCCUGAACUGAUGAUGAUGCGAACAGAAAAACGAGACGAAUAAAAACGGAGAGAAAGAAUCUAAAGAAAGAAGCAGGAAACUGAGAUGGUAGAUUCUUCAUUUCUGUUUACCCUCCUCCUCCUCUUCCUCUCUCUGCCUGAUCAGAUGAGCUAAUGAACCUCCACGCCGUCUCAGACGACCAUCCUGGGAAAUCAGAGUGUGUUUACAUGCAGAUCUAGGAAUACUGGAGCUAGAUGGUGUAGUUGUUCUAUUUCUCUCUGAGCUCCAGAGGAAAGGAUCAACCAUGGGGGGGUCCUCUUCAUGUGAACACACUCUGAGUAAGGAAUCGAACCAUUGACCCCCUGGGUCUUUAGGAGACCCGUUGGUACUGGUCUGGUACCAGCCUGCCAACAGAUAACCAUGCAAACAGAACUCUGUUCCUGCUGUUUGCCAGCAGGGGGCGCUGCGUGGAAUUCACAGUAUUACAGUGACUAGAACCGAGUUUCUGUUAGAACCUUAGUGUUUGUUUAUGGAGCAGAACCAGAACCAGACGUCUUCUGUUUCCCCUUUACUUCAUUUUGUCUCACUUUAUUCUCUGCUUUUUGGUUUUUAUCUUGUUUUCAAUAUUUUGACAUUUCUGUUCAUUAGAUGUUUGUGUAUAUCUUUGCGGGGGGGUUAGUUCAGAGUGGGAGGGGGGCAUGGAGCAGAUGGAGCUGUUGGGACCUUAGAGAGCAUUCUGCCCCAUCAGAAGCCCUUCCUCCCUGUAGGAUGGAUGUGGUGUAAAACGGCCCGGAUGUAAAAUGAUUUACGACCAGAGAAAAGAUCAAAGGGUUGGAAGAAAAAUGUUUAAUUAUUUUAAAAAUAAAGAGAUAUUAAAUUAAAUCGGUUUGUGAUAAGGAC